UUGGUCGCUAAUUAAUGCUUUGCCUGACUCGUAUUGCGAAAGACGAUAGCCGUGAGACACGAGGAGGAGAAAGAGUACACGUUGAUGCCGUUGUUUCUAACAUUAAUAACAACAGCGUCUUGAAACCUCCUACUGAAUCUCUUGUUGUUAGUCCGCGAGAUGCCUCGGUUCCACAUCCUCUCCUUUUCGGGAUGUCCAGCGCACUGGAAAGGGCAGAGUCUAUGAGGCAGUGGAAGGAAAUGAAGCAGAACGGUUUUCUCUCUGGCGCUUUGGGUGGACCUGUUGCGUCGAGGCCAAGAAAGAGUAGGAGGAGGAGGAGAGGCGAUUCUUCCAAGAAGGGAAACCAAGUUCCUGAUACGAAGGACCAACAUGUUACCGCGCCGCCGCCAAGUGGAUUGCUGACGGGAAUGAAGCCGGGGAUCAUUAGACACGUCAGGAGUAAAGAACAGGUCUACUCAGUUCUUGAAAGUUUGAUUCGAAAUGCUGAUUCGAAUGCAAGAGAUUCAACCAGACAAGAUAAGUUAUCUGAUCAUGACAUCCCCUUUACAGACCCGGAACAAGCCAAGUCUCUUGCUGUUGAAGCUGCUACUGUAGCUUCACAGUGGUUGGACUUUCUUCACCAAGACCUAAGCGAACGGCUCUCAGCUGCGCAGGAUAGUAGGAACAGAGUUGAUGAUACUUUGAAGGCCGAGUUGCCACUUCUCGUCUCUUCUGCCAACCAGGAAAGUAGUACCUCUGGUGGUGAUGUAUCUUUAGAUGAAACAGUAACAGAGGCGCAUCAGAUGAAGUGGUCUGCAAAAUUUGAUGAGUUUAAGAAACAACUACAGGACCAAGAGAAAGAUCUGGAAACCGCGUUAAACCAAGUGAAGGAUAUGCAGUCACAAUGCAACGAAGGUCUGCGCCAGAUGAAGGAGGCAAGUUUUCUUGCUCUACUACAAUACAUGUGCAGUUUGGGGAAAGAUAGCACCAAUCAGGAGACUAAUUUGGCAGUUCAGGCGGCUGCAGCUUCCAUUUUUUCGACCUGCCGUUAUCUUCUGUCAAAGAUGAAGCCACCGCCUAACAGUUCGUAAUCCCUUUUGCUUUUUUUUUUUGUUAGCCGGGGAUCGACUAA